AAGAAUUAAAAGUUGAUGCAUUCCUGAUGACUUGAAUUCAUUUUGCUUUUAGUUUAGGAUUCAUCACCAUGUCUAUAUGUUCAUGUUUUCGUAUAAAUUAGAAAGAACUUUACUGCCAUAUAGAUGACCGUGCCACUAGAAUCAUCUUAUUGGAUAUGUUUAACUACUUUUACUUGAUUGCUGCAUUUGUAAGCCGUUUCCCUUUAUCUUGCCUCGACCUUGCCUGCCAUUUCUAUUUAGGUCUCAUGUCCUACUUUUCCUAUUUUCAUUUCAGUGUUGUAGAAGAGGGGUAAAGGUGGCUGUUGUUGGGGUCCCCAAAACUAUAGACAAUGAUAUUUUGCUGAUGGACAAAACUUUUGGGUUUGACACUGCUGUUGAGGAAGCACAACGAACCAUUAAUUCAGCUUACAUUGAGGCACAUAGUGCAUACCAUGGUAUAGGAAUUGUAAAGUUGAUGGGUCGUAGCAGUGGAUUUAUUGCUAUGCAUGCAUCCCUGGCUAGUGGACAAAUCGAUAUAUGUUUGAUACCAGAGGUACCUUUCCAUUUACAUGGUCCUCAUGGUGUUUUCCGGCAUCUGAAAUACCCCAUUGAGACAAAAGGAUCAGCAGUGGUCUGUGUUGCUGAGGGAGUAGGGCAGCUUACUAAUAGUUGUUCAAAUAUUGCCUUUCAUAUUUUGGAAAAUUCCUGA